AUGAAGAAGAAGAAGACGACGAAGAAGAAGAAGCUAGUUAAGCAACAGUGCAGGAUACAAUGGAUAGUGCAGGGUGACAGAUGUACAAAUUACUUUCACUCUUCAAUCAAGGCUAAGAGGCAUCUUAAUAGAAUUAAUCUUCUGUAUAAUGGUGCAGGUGAUAGAAUUACUGAUGGUGAGGGAAUCAUUCAAGAAUUUAUCUCCUUUUAUAAGAAUCUUAUGGGAUCAAAAACUGUUACCCCAAAGCCUGACUGUAAUGUCAUUAGCAAAGGGAUCUGUUUAAAUGAAGCUCAAGCAAUUGCACUCUCCUCUUCUGUGACUAGGGAGGAAAUCAAAACAGCUGUUUUUUCCAUGGAUGAUAAUAAAGCUCCAGGUCCUGAUGGAUUUAAUAUGUCCUUUUACAAGUCUGCAUGGAGUAUUAUAGGAGAUGAAGUUUCACAGGCAAUUCUUGAUUUCUUCAGAACUGGGAAGCUGCUUGGUAUGAUUAACUCAACUUCCAUAUCUUUAAUCCCUAAAGUGAAAUGUCCAAAGACCCCUUCUGAUUUCAGACCUAUUGCAUGUUGUAACUGUCUAUACAAGAUUAUUUCAAAAAUUCUAGCUAACAGGAUUAAGUCAGUGAUGGGUUUUUUAAUUAAUGAGGCUCAAAGUGCCUUUGUUAAAGGAAGGCAAAUAUCAAGCAACAUCUUGAUGGCUCAUGAGAUUGUGAGGAGUUAUGGCAGGAAGCACAAUUCACCCAGGAUCAUGAUGAGUAUAGAUAUCAAGAAGGCUUUCGAUACCAUAAGUUGGAAUUUUCUUAGAGAUAUGCUUGCUAGUCUGGGGUUCCCUGAUACCUUUACAAACUGGAUCAUGAUGUGCAUUACAUCCCCAAAAUACUCUAUUUCUUUGAAUGGCACACUACAUGGUUACUUCAAAGGAGAAAAGGGUUUGAGACAAGGUGAUCCUAUCUCUCCCUAUUUGUUUACUUUGGGUAUGGAGUUCCUGUCAAGAAAAUUAGACAUGCUUAAAGGGGACAGAUCUUUUAAAUUUCAGUCGGAGAUAUAUUGGACUUCAAAUUAUAUUCUUCCUGUUAGAGUAUUGCAGAAGAUUGAUCAAAUGUGCAGGGACUUUUUAUGGGGCAAAACAGAUCAAAAGCAUAAAAUUCCUCUGGUUUCUUGGGACAAAGCCUGUUUGAAUAAAAGGCUUGGUGGUCUUGGCAUCUACUCAGCAACAAUUUGGAAUUUGGCAACUAUGCUGAGAUUAAUAUGGCAUAUCCAUAUUAAUAAAGAGAGUCUAUGGAUCAAAUGGAUUCACAGUGCAUACUUAAGGAAUGAUGAUAUAUGGCAUGUUCAGGCUAAAAACUGGGACUCAUGGAUGUGGAAGAAAAUUUUGAAAAUCAGAGAUAAAGCUGUUAGUUGUUGUGGAGGUCUAAAUAACUUGUUGCUGCUCAUCCAAUCUUGCUCUGAUAAUUCUAGAAUCCAGAUUUCAGCAUUGUAUAAUGCUCUCUCCCCUAAUUCUUCAGUUGUGCCAUGGCAUAGAACAGUUUGGGAGACUACUAACUUCCCCAGUCACUCUUUUAUCUGUUGGUUAGCAAUCCAAGAUAGGUUGCUCACUAUUGACAGACUGAUUAAGAGGGGAUUAAUGAAUACUAACAAUUGUUGUCUGUGUUCUGGUUCCGAAAACAGAAACCAUCUUUUCUUUGAGUGCUGCUAUUCAAGAGAAGUUUGGCUAAAAAUUAUGGAUUGGCUCAGAUUCAAAUGGCAGUCCUGUGAUUGGAAUCAGCUUGUGAUUUGGUAUUGUGAUAGAUUGAAGGGGAAUGGAUUCAAGCAAAGGAUCAAAAGAAUGGCACUAACUACAGCAGUUUAUAGUAUUUGGAGAGAAAGAAAUUUCAGAAUUUUCAGGCAAAAAGCAAGGUCAGCUGAUCAGCUUUUUAAGGAUAUCAAAUUCAGUGUUUUUUCUUUUGUUCUCAAUGGCUCAUUUAAAGCAGAAGACAGAGAAUGGAUCAUUUCACUUUGA